UCAAUCCCUUCUUUCGGUCCUUCUGUACGCCCUUAUAAACUCCAUACUUACUCCGAUUGGCCCCAGUCUCGGAUUCGGAUGUACGAGACGAGAUGAGGUGAUCCGAUCGUGCAACAUCCCCUGUUCCCCCCCCCCUUCCGGGUCAGAUCAUACGAUCCAGCCAGCCGUCUUUCACGAGCCACCUACCACCCAUGCUAUCUUACCCCCCAUUUCCAUUUCCAUUUCGUUUCUAUUCGCAUUCCCUCUUCUCUGAAUCACUACCAUUGCUGAUCUUCACAUUUACAACCCAACUGAACUCAUCGUCUACGAUUUCCCAUAUUGACUUCAAUCCCCACCUCCAAGAAAGCAAAACCAACCGCGACAUCCCAAAUGACGCCCUCGAAGUCCAUAAUCGUAAUUGGCACCGGCCUCGCGGGCCUAACAGCAACCACAACCCUCAGCCUUACGCACCACCUACCAGUCCUCCUCCUCGAACUAGCCGCGAAACCGGGCGGAAACAGCAUAAAAGCGUCGUCUGGGAUAAACGGCGCGCCAACGCGUUUCCAACAAAACGCGAACGAUACCUAUUUCCUGUCUGACACGAUCAAGUCGGCCGGGACGCCGUUCAGCGUGUCUACCGCGGACGAGCGCGUCCGCCGUGAGAAGCUGAUGGGGACACUAGUGGAUUCAUCAGCAGAGGCGGUAUACUGGCUUGCGGACGAGUGCGGGGUGGAUUUGAGUAAGGUGGCGAUGUUGGGGGGACAUAGUGUGGCGAGGACGCAUCGCGGGGCGGGGAAGAAGACGCCCGGGUAUGAUAUUGUGAGUACGUUGUUGGGGAAGUUGGAUAAGGAGCCGCUGGUGAGGAUGGAGACGGAGAGGAGGGUGACGAGACUGGUGCGGGGAGAAGAGGGGGGUGAGGUGGUGGGGGUGGAGUAUACAGGGGAGGGUAAUGUCACGGAGACGGUGUAUGGGCCGGUCGUGAUGGCUACGGGUGGGUUUGCGGGUGAUGCGCGCGGACUGUUGGCGCAGUAUCGCCCCGAUCUGGCGGCAAUUCCGUCGACAAAUGAUGCCAGACCGGGGACGCAGCCGUUGUUGCAGGAGGUGGGAGCUGCGGUGGUCGAUAUGGAGCAGGUGCAGGUGCACCCAACUGGGUUCCUGGAUGAGAAGGAUGGGGAGGCGAUGGUCAAGUUUCUCGCGGCCGAGGCGUUGAGAGGAGAGGGCGGCAUCUUGGUGCUUGGGGAUGGGAAGCGGUUUGUGAAUGAGUUGGAGACGAGGGAGCAUGUUACUAACGCGGUGAUGGAUCGCGCGGAGCCUCUCCAGACUCACACCCGGCAGUGGGAUGUGAGGCUCGUGCUGGACGAGGGGGCUGCCGCGGCGUUGGAGUCACAUAUGGGCUUCUACCUGUGGAAAGGCCUGCUGCGCAAGACGACUGUGGCCGAGGCGGGCUUGUCAGGACUGGAAGGGACGCUCCAGGACUAUGCGGACACCGUCGCUGGAAAGAAGCCGGACGCAUUCGGGCGCGUCGCCUUCGGCAACUGGACGCUGGCGGAGGCGAAGCCGGAGUCGGUGGUGUAUGUGGGCAAGGUCACACCGGUCGUGCACUUCACCAUGGGCGGCGUCGUGAUCAACGAGCGCAGCCAGGUGCUGGACGAGCAGGGCAAGCCGAUCAAGGGCCUCUGGGCGGCGGGCGAGAUCACCGGAGGUCUGCAUGGCCAGAACCGGCUGGGAGGAUCUUCGCUGCUGGAGUGUGUCGUGUUUGGCCGGGUUGCCGGCGACGAAGCUGCGGCGUUCUAUAAGAGCAAAGCUUGAGUUGCAGACAGUGUUCGAGGUCAUGAGAUGGCCGAGGUUAUUUGUUCUCCACUCAGUCUCAGUCCCUGCAGUUCACCCCGAACCCAUUUCUGGUGGGUCUAUAAACACCCUGUCAUAUCUUAUCUGAAAUAAGGUCUCCUCGCAUGUUGAUCAAAUUUCUCAACCAUAGUGCCGAG